AUGAUCGCCCCGCUCAGUGUGAAGGACAACGACAAGUGGGUGGACACGCAUGUCGGCAAAACGACCGAGAUCCACCUGAAGGGCAACCCGACCACUGGAUACAUGUGGACGCGCGUUGGUUUUGUGGGCAAAGAUGUGCUCAGCGAUGAGAUCCUGGAAGUUGUCUGCAAGUACACGCCGACACCAUCCUCGACUCCUAUGGUGGGAGUUGGUGGCAUCUACGUUGUGCUCGUGAAACCGCGGAAAAGGGGCCAUCACACGCUGGAGCUGGUCUACACGCGCCCCUUCGAGGGCAUCAAGCCAGAAAACGAGCGGUACACGUUGCACCUCAACGUGAAGUAG